UAAAAAUGGCUCAUUUAGCUAACUUAAAUGGAAUCACUGAGACCCUGACAGCCAUUCUAAAGCUUCCUGGCAUUCAAAGAACCCGGAAAACAUCGAAAACAAUUGGGUUUCUUGGCAAGAAAACAGAAAACUUCCAUGAACAACCAUUGCAGACUACCAGAAGAAUGGCAUUAGGCCUUGCUUCAAUUGCUCUUGUUGGAACUUCUAGCAACAGUAUCUCUCAUGCUGAAGAUAACGGCUAUUGGAUUACUGAUCUUUUACCUGUUCCUUCUGUGGAAAACAGUAAGCUUUCCCAUGAUCAUUUACUUGAUACAAAUGAACUUCCAUUUUCCCUAGUGAAUUCUGCUUGGUUUCUUUCUUGCUACUGUUCAAUGCUUGUGAUACAAAAUGCAUAUGAAAAGAAAUGUUCCAUUUUUGUUUCCCAAAUGACAGAUAUUGCAAAUGAGAAGACCGGUACUCGUUCUUUUGUCAAGAAAGGACUCUAUGUGGCUAAUCUUAACACCAAAAACCGCAUGUAUAGGUUGAAGAAAUAUGCAUUUGAUCUUCUUGCAAUGGAAGAUUUGAUUGGACCGGAUACUCUGAAUUAUGUUAAGAAGUAUUUGAGACUCAAGUCUACUGUUAUGUACUAUGAUUUCGACAACAUUAUCUCUGCAGCAGCAGUUGAUGAUAAGCAACCUCUCACUACUUUGGCCAACAGAUUAUUUGACAGCUUUGAAAAGCUUGAAGAUGCAGUAAAGACACGUAACUUGCCCCAGACAGAAUCAUGUUAUCAGGACACAAAAGUUAUUCUCCAAGAGGUUAUGGAUCGGAUGGCCUAAAGCUGCAGAAUUUGCUUUUUCAAUAUUGGCAAAACUAUAUGCUCUGCAUGUUGCAGCUCAU